AUGGAUUGUGGUGACGUUGCUAGUACAGUACAAAUGGUUCAUGUUAUAGAUGAUGAGUUCAUGACUGACCCAAUGUCAUUUAAAAAAUUGCUUGAAGAUGCUGAAAAACCUUUGUAUCCUGGUUGUAUAAAGUUCACAAAGCUUUCUGCAUUAGUUAAAUUGUACAAUGUGAAGGCACGGUAUGGGUGGUCAGAUAAAAGUUUUUCAGAUUUACUCCAAAUAUUAGGGGAUAUGCUACCAGUCAACAAUGAGAUGCCCUUAUCCAUGUAUGAGGCAAAGAAAACAUUGAAUGCAUUAGGGAUGGAAUACAAAAAGAUACAUGCAUGCCCAAAUGAUUGCAUACUAUACAGGAAUGAGUUAAAUGAUGCAUCUUUAUAUCCUACUUGUGGAACGUCAAGGUGGAAGGUAAACAAAGUUGGGGCAAGAAACACUAAGAGGAUUCCUGCAAAAGUGUUGUGGUAUUUCCCACCCAUCCCUAGGUUUAAGAGGAUGUUUCAAUCUCCCAAAAUAGCCAAAGACCUAAAAUGGCAUGCAAAAGGUAGAGAAAAUGAUGGUAAGCUUCGACACCCAGUGGAUUCCCCAACAUGGCAACUAGUGAACCAAAUGUGGCCUGAAUUUGCUUCAGAUUGUAGGAACCUUAGACUUGCUAUUUCAGCAGAUGGUAUCAAUCCUCAUAGCUCCAUGACCAGUAGGUAUAGUUGUUGGCCUGUUCUCACAAUAACUUACAACCUUCCCCCUUGGUUAUGUAUGAAGAGGAAAUUCAUGAUGUUAUCUUUGCUAAUAUCAGGACCACGACAGCCUGGUAAGGAUAUUGAUGUUUAUUUGGCACCAUUAGUCGAUGAUUUGAAAGCAUUGUGGGAGGUAGGGGUGAAAGCCUAUGAUGCACAUCAACGAGAGUUCUUCACAUUAAAGGCUAUUUUGUUAUGGACGAUUAAUGAUUUCCCUGCAUAUGGGAACUUGUCUGGUUGCACUGUUAAGGGAUAUCAUGCUUGUCCAAUAUGUGGUGAAGAAACAAAUUCACAUUGGCUAAAACAUGGGAAUAAGAACUCAUAUACCGGCCAUAGAAGGUUUCUUCCAUGCAACCAUCCAUUUAGAAAGCAAAAAAAGGCAUUUAAUGGUGAACAAGAGUUUAGGUUACCUCCAAAAGAACUUACUGGAGAGGAAAUAUUUACAAAGGUUGAUAUGAUUCAUAACUCAUGGGGAAAGAAAAAGAAGGUUAAACAAUGUGAAUCCUUUGCUAAUCCUACAAGUUGCUGGAAAAAGAAGUCUAUAUUUUUUAAACUUGAAUACCGGAAAUAUUUUUAUAUCCGACACAACUUGGAUGUCAUGCAUAUAGAGAAGAAUGCUUGCGAGAGCAUCAUCGGAACCGUGCUUAACAUUCCAGGUAAAACAAGGGAUGGAGUAAAGUCUCGACUUGAUCUUCUCGAAAUGGGCUUAAGGCCCGGCUUAGCACCAACCUUUGGGUUGAAGCGAACUUAUCUUCCCCCUGCAUGUUAUACUCUAAAAAACCUUGUGUCCAUGGAAGAGCUAAAGCUUAAUGGUCUUAAGUCCCAUGAUUAUCAUGCACUUAUGCAACAACUACUACCAGUAGCAAUAAGAUCUGUGUUGCCUAAGCAUGUCAGAUAUGCCAUUACAAGAUUGUGUUUUUUCUUUAAUGCACUUUGUGCAAAAGUGGUGGAUGUGUCAAGAUUGAAUGAUUUACAACAGGACAUAGUGGUGAUUUUGUGCUUGCUAGAGAAGUAUUUUCCACCUUCCAUCUUUGACAUCAUGCUUCAUUUAACAGUGCAUUUGGUAAGAGAGGUUAGAUUAUGUGGACCAGUGUAUAUGAGAUGGAUGUACCCAUUUGAAAGGUACAUGAAAGUCCUAAAGGGUUAUGUUCGAAAUCAUAAUCGUCCAGAAGGGUGUAUUGCUGAGUGCUAUAUCGCUGAGGAAGCCUUAGAGUUUUGUACAGAGUAUUUAUCGGGCAUGGAUGCAAUUGGAAUUCCUUCUAGUAUGAAAGAUGAAUGGAAAUGUGGGAAACCAUUACUUGGUGGUCGUGCAAUAACUAUUCAUGAUUAUAAAUUGGUGGAGCAAGCACAUCAUUAUGUUCUACAAAAUACAACUAUUGUACAACCGUUUAUUGAUGAACAUAUGAAAUAUUUGAAGACAAAAUAUCCUCGUCAAUCAAAAAGAGUGAAGUGGCUAGAGGAUGAACAUGUGGGCACAUUUAGUCAUUGGCUUAGAAAAAAGGUUUCAGAUGACAUAAGCAAGAAAGAACCUAUUGAAAAGGAACUUAAGUGGCUUGCACAAGGACCAAGACAACAAGUUCUUACGUACCCUGGAUAUAUCAUUCAUGGUUGUCGUUACCACAUCAAGAACCGUGAUGAGGCACGAGUCAACCAAAAUAGUGGUGUUAGUAUUGUGGCAUCGACCAUGCAAAUUGCAAGUUCCAAAGAUAAGAAUCCUGUGCUUGGUGACAUGUGUUUUUAUGGGAUUAUCACAGAGAUUUGGGACCUUGAUUAUAACAUGUUUAACAUUUGUGUUUUUAAGUGUGAUUGGGUUGAUAGCAAGAAUGGUGUCAAAGUUGAUGAGCUUGGUUUUACAUUAGUUGAUUUGAGCAAGAUAGGACAUAAAUCAGAUCCUUUCAUUUUGGCAACGCAAGCCCAACAAGUUUUUUAUGUAGAAGAUCAAGUUGAUCCAAGAUGGUCUAUUGUAUUAUCAAGGCCAAAAAUGGAGUUGUUUGACAUAGAAGGUGAUGACAACAUAGCCGACAAUUGUAUGGAGCAUCACCCAUUUGCGAAUGGGAUGCCUAAUAUUAAGUCUUUUGAUGAAGUUGAAGAUUAUGAUGAAAUUUGUAUGCGUACUGAUUGUGAGGGGAUUUGGAUUGAAAAUUAA